GAUGUCACGUGGCUCCAUUGCAUUCAGCAUCCCCCCUGUGGGCACGAGUUGAAAUUCACCGCAGCACCUACCUUGUCAUCGACAUUCGCAAUGAGCAACUCCAAGCCGGAAUCUCAGGAAUUCGAUUCAGUAUACAAGACAACACUCGACCCAUUGACUUGCACUCGUCGCGGUUUAUGUCCAGUUACCGACAUUCGGCACCAAGCCAAACUGUCCGAGAGCCAUUCACUUUACUACGAAGUCCACGGCAGUGGGCCCAUCAAAGUUGUUCUCAUCAUGGGACUUAACGGCACUUCAGGAGGCUGGCUACCCCAAGUCAGAUACUUUGGGAGACUGCCGCAGUACUCGGUGCUAGUCUUUGACAACCGCGGCGUCGGAAACAGUGGCUCGCCCUGGGGACCGUAUACCACUAGCGGUAUGGCUAACGACGUCAUUGUAUUGCUUGACUUUCUCGGCUGGACUGCGGACCGCGAGCUCCACGUGAUUGGUAUUUCGAUGGGGGGAAUGAUUGCUCAAGAACUCGCAUCUCGUAUACCUAAACGUAUCUCAUCUCUUAGCCUUGCGGUCACCAAGGCGGGUGGACGGUCAUGGCGUAACAUACCCAAGUGGAAAACGGUGUUUUCUCUAGUAAGGCUUCUCAGUCUUUCAGAUGUAGAAGUCAAGAUUCCUGUGGUCCUGAACAUGCUCUUUCCACCCAAGUGGCUGGCAGAAAGAGCGGAGGAUGACCCUCAGGGUAGAACUAACGCGGAGGUUCAAGCAAGUCUUCACCGUUCGAAGUUCAAAAUAACUCGACCUCAGCCUCUCAUAGGUGCACUCUCCCAGAUGGCGGCUGCUUUCACGCACCAUGUCAGCCCAGAUCGGCUACGAAAGAUAUCCGCAUCGAUACCCAAAGUACUUAUACUGACCGGUGACACAGACGAUAUGGUAGAUCCAUCGGAAAGUCUUUUCCUGAAGCAGAAUAUGCCCGAAGCGGAGUACCAGUAUUGGGAGGGCGGUGGACAUGCGAUAUGUGCACAGUGGGAUAAGCGAGUCAAUACCUUGUUUGAGAGGGUUUUUGAAGAAGGGAGAUCUGCAUCAAACCAAGACCUUUAAUACCAGACCAAUGUAUUCCAGGAAGGGCAUCGUUCCGGAUAAUUAACUGUAAAGCAUUUAUUAGUCACAGCUAUCGUCCUGUCAAUGAGGAUUGCCGGAAAGAAAUGGUCUGUCUGACUUGCAAACA